CGCCUGCCGUUCGCUUCAAUAACAAUAUACCCGCCGCGCUUUAGAAGCGUGGCUCAUGUCUCUGAGGUCAGCCAGUUUCCAUCAUUUUUUCCUCUGGAUUAUCUUGAAAUUUCACCUGACAUCGUAACGAAUAAGGCAUCAUGGAGGAAGAAGUGCACUUUGUGAACAUAGACCUGAACGAUGACAACAUCUGCAGCAUCUGUAAACUAGAGACGGACACUGGGACGCUGUCUUUCUGCCAUGUGUGUUUUGAACUGAGCAUAGAGGGUAUAUCCAGUGCUACUCUGCUACACUCUAAAUCUCUACGUGGUCAUAGGGACUGCUUUGAAAAGUACCAUCUCAUUGCCAACCAGAAGCUCUCCCACGACAAGGCCUCCCACAGUGCAUACGAGGGCGUGAAACGAGCACUGAGCCAGCAAAUCAACCGCAUUAUACAGUAUGCCCAGAAUAGAGACUCUGAAUCCAUAGAGACACCCGGGCGCUGGGGGGCCAAACAGAUUCUAUGCCACUCACAACAGGGCGGAAGGAAACUCGUGCCUCAGUCGGACGCCCAAGUGCCCCGUUACUCCCCUCGCUGGGCGGAGGAGGUGUCAAUGGCGGAGUCAGAAUAUGGUAAAUCCAGGUUGGACUGUCACUCCGCUGAGGAGCUUGGCCUCGGCCUGCUGCAGAGCUCACAUCAGGGAUUGUGGGCUGGAGAGAGACACCACCCACAAGAACAGCAGAACAGAGAGCAGAGAGACGCAGCCAGACAGAGGAGACACACAGGACACGGUCGAGAACAGUUGGUGAGGAUGAGUAUGGAGGAGCUUCAUCAGAUGAAUGAGCAGCUGUUGCUACAGAUACAAAAUGUGUUUGAGGAGCUCUCUGUGGCUGUACAGGAGAAGGACUCCCUUUCAUCAGAGCUUCAUGUACGACACAUAGCCAUAGAGCAGCUCUUCAAAAACUGUGCCAAACUGCCAUGGCUCCAGAUCGGUAGAGCAGGGAUCAAAGCUGGCAACAACCCAGUAGAAUGAGAGUUUUUGUGGAUGCCAACAUCUCUCCAUAAAGACACCACAAAUCCAUUUAGACUAAAGUGGAAGCUCACUUUGGACCUAGGAAUGUACAAAGCUUAAACAAGAAACACACUCGCAUGCUUUCCACUCCUAGUGUGCUAGUGAGAGGUUGUGGUCACCCUGCUCUUCAAGGCGACGUUUGACAUUUUCAGCCAUACUUGAAGUAGAAAGUCCUAAGGAAAAGACUUUGAACGUUUGAAAGUGAAACUAGUGCAUUUUGCAGUCCUGUCCAAAGUGUUUCUAUGCAGAUUGAGGUGUUUGUGAAACACUCAACAUUUCACAUGAACUUUUAAAUCUUUUUUUUUGUGGUUCCAUUUCAUGUAUAUUUUUUUUCUUUCCAUUAUUGUUUACUCUCCACACUUGAUCAUUUUUGGGUGGUUAAUAGACAGUCUGACAAUUCCUCUAGCACAUUUGGGCUUGCUGAUUGGUUGUGGAGUUGCUGUGGUAACUGUUGCUUAGUUAACAGUUUUUCCCUCCCUCUGCUCACUGCAGUGGAACUUGUUUAAGAGUGUGGUGCAGAUUGCGUUGUUCCAUUCCUCUAAGUUAUAUUUUGGUGUUACGCUAAAUGACACCACAGAUUUGUUUUGUGGAAGAUUACACUUCAUUUGUCAUUGCACUCUUAAAGCGAAACAAGCGGUGCUAGUACCUAGCUCUUUCUCAAAUUUGGUAUGUCAAGAUUUUACGAGUUAGGAGAAUUGGGGAGGGAAAUGGUAUGGUUGGUGGUUGAUCCUCCAUAAGUGUUGAGCAAUGCUUUGUAAGGCCUGACUUUUUGUUGGGCUUGACUUGGUGGUGGUAUUAAAAUUGGAGUGAUAUCUUCAACCAUCUGAACUAGAGCUUAACCAAAGACAUUUCAGUAUUUAUUUUGUGUGUGCAAUUGUUUGCUUGUUACAAUUAUUUAAAACCAAAUUAGCUAUUUGAUUCUCCUUUGUGUAAAUUUAAACCCUCUUGAACAUUUUGUCAAAGUCUCCACCCCCAAAUAUGCGUGUUCUUUUUUUUUUGUAGUGGUUUUCCUUUCUGUAAUGUUUAGAUGUUUUUUUUUUUUUUUUUUUACUUUGUUUUGGGGUCUGCACAUAAAUUGACUGGGGCAAUGUGAGCUUUAACCCAACUGCCUUGAUUUUUGGGUCAGACUGUGCUACCAUCUGGUGGGCGUUCAGAGAAUCAGACCUUCCUGUUCACUUACUGCAUUGAUGUUCGCAUGGUUUAGUGUCUAUUAUCUCUAUAAUCUUAAAAAAAAUAAAUAAAUAACAAUGCAAAAUUUGAAAAUUGUUUUAGGAAAUCAGCUUGGUAUACUUGAAUUAUCUGUUCUCUUUAUAAGAGAUGCAAAUUUGACUGACCCCUUUGGGGUUUCUAAGAAAAGUUUUUCCAUUUUUUUUUUUUUUUUUCAAAUAUUUUAUAUGAGUGGGUUAUAACAUAAAGUAGUGUAUUCUGGAUAUGCAUUUGUUAGUAACUAUAGAUGAACUGGAAAAAAGCAAUAUGAUGUGUGGUUUACUUUCUUUGGGUUGUUUAUGAAAAGUAUGUAAAAAUAAAGUUUUACAUACUUUAUUUUAGUGGUUUACUCUUUGUGUGACAUACAGGAGUUUAGAGUUAAAGAAGUAAAUGAAGCACACUGCCCAAAUAAGUUUAUUCUCUUACUGCAGAGAAAAUGAUUGAACUACACGAGUUGGAUGAGUUUCAUGCUUGACUGUCUCGAGUGUGUUGCAAACGAAGGCCAUGCAUUUCAAUGUUAACUUGUUUAUGUUGGUGUAAAUUAUGUAUUAUUAAUUUUCUAAUGUUUAUUAAUUGCUUGUGCUAUUACUUUUUUUCUUUUUUAAGAUAAAAUUUUUCUAGUGGCCUGUGUUGUGACAUUGAGAUGUUUAUGCAAUACUAUUUUUAGUGGAGCUUUCCAUCAGUGUAGAAGAUUUCUGGAUGCUUUCUGUUUUCUGUUUUUUGACAUUAUGUGCUCAUUAUGUGCUCAAGGUAUUUAAUUAAUAAAAAUAU